GCGAGCGUGGCGUGCCCCAUCAACUGCCACUGCGACUAUGGCAUGUCUGGCAUCUUGUUGGGCAGAUUUGUAAUUCUCGCCGCGGGCGUAUUCACCUUCUUUCCCGUCUUCCUGAAUUGGUUCGCGUGGGAGUGGUACAUCGACCUGUGCUGGCUCUGGUUUUGCCUCGGGGUCGUCAUCCUGGCGUUCGGCUGCGUCUACGAGCGCUGCGUCGGCGCUCCCGACGCGAAGGCCCGGAAGCCAGAGGCGGACGUCGAGGCGAGCGUGGCGUGCCCCAUCAACUGCCACUGCGACUAUGGCAUGUCUGGCAUUUUGUUGGGCAUAUUUGUAAUUCUCGCCGCGGGCGUGUUCACCUUCUUUCCCGUCUUCCUGAAUUGGUUCGCGUGGGAGUGGUACAUCGACCUGUGCUGGCUCUGGUUUUGCCUCGGGGUCGUCAUCCUGACGUUCGCCUGCGUCUACGAGUGCUGCGUCGGCGCUCCCGACGCGAAGGCCCGGAAACCAGAGGCGGACGUCGAGGACGGCGCCGUGAAUGCCCCUGCGCUUUACAUCAUGAUCAACAACUAG